AUGGCGGCAGUGCCAGAGCCGCAGAGCGAAGCGGCGGCUGUGGCCGCGGUCUCGGGCUCGGAGCCCGGCCCCAGCCCCGGCCCCGGGCCCAGCCCGAGCCCCAGCCCCGGCCCCGGCCCCGGCCCCGGCCCGCCAGAGGACAGCGGCGGCGCCGCCCCGAGCGCCCCCAAGCCGCCGCCCGACCUGUCGGACCGGCAGACGCUGCUCGCGGUGCUGCAGUUCCUGAAGAAGAACCACUUCAGGGAGGCCGAGGAGAUCCUGCGCCGCGAGGCCAACCUGCAGGAGCCGCUGGAGGAGACGCUGCGGGCCGCCGCCACCCGCGCCGCCAACUCCGUGCACCAGCCCGACGUCAGCUCGGUCCUCUCGGCCUACAGCAACGAGGGCGACCCGGCCCUGUACGAGGAGUACUACACCGGCCUCAAGGGCUUCAUCGAGGCGGCGCUGGACGCCUUCAAAGCGGAGCUCUCCACUCUGCUGUACCCCGUGUUUGUGCACAUGUACCUGGAGCUCGUGUACAACCAGCACGAGAGAGAGGCGCAGCUCUUCUUCACCAAGUACCAUGUCGAUCAGGAGGGCUACUACCAUGACGACCUGCGGGUGCUGGCGGGACUGUCCAAGAAGGAACACAUGCGUGGCAACGAGACAGUGCUGGACUUCCGCACAAGUAAGUUUGUGCUACGCAUCUCACGGGACUCGUACCAGUGCCUGAAGCGGCACCUGCAGGAGCGGCAGAACAACCAGAUCUGGAACAUUGUGCAGGAGCACCUUUUCAUCGACGUGUUCGAUGGCAUGCCUCGCAGCAAGCAGCAGCUGGAGGUGACGGCCGGCGGCAUGGCCGGGGAGGCCAAGCGGGAAGCCAACAAGUCCAAGGUGUUUUUCGGGCUGUUGAAAGAGCCGGAGAUCGAGGUGCCUCUGGAUGAUGAGGAUGAGGAUGUGGAGAACGAGGAGGGCAAGCCCAAGAAGAAGAAAGCCAAGAAGGAGAACGUGGGGGCCAAGAGUAAGAAACAAGACCCCAACGCCCCCCAGCAGAACAGGAUUCCGCUACCUGAGCUGAAAGACUCGGACAAGCUGGACAAGAUUAUGGUGAUGAAGGAGGGGACGAAGAGAGUGAAGCUGGGCCCUGACUGUCUGCCCUCCAUCUGCUUCUACACCUUCCUCAAUGCUUACCAGGGUCUCACUGCGGUGGAUUUCACAGACGACUCAAGCCUGAUCGCAGGAGGCUUUGCUGACUCCACGGUGCGUGUGUGGAGCGUCACACCAAAGAAGCUGCGGAGUGUCAAGGGGGCGACAGAUCUCAGUCUAAUUGACAAGGAAUCGGAGGAUGUGCUGGAGAGGAUCAUGGACGAGAGGACAGCGUGCGAGUGUAAGAUGUUACUGGGACAUGGCGGCCCUGUGUACGGCACCAGCUUCAGCCCCGACCGGAACUACCUGCUGUCGAGCUCGGAGGACGGAACAGUGCGACUGUGGAGCUUGCAGACCUUCACCUGCCUGGUGGGCUACAAGGGCCACAACUAUCCGGUGUGGGACACCCACUUCUCCCCAUACGGGUACUACUUUGUGUCAGGUGGACAUGACCGGGUGGCACGGCUCUGGGUCACUGACCACUACCAGCCACUGCGGAUCUUCUCUGGACACCUAUCCGACGUGACCUGCACACGUUUUCAUCCCAACUCCAACUACGUGGCCACGGGCUCGGCUGACAGGACAGUGCGGCUCUGGGACGUGCUCAACGGCAACUGUGUACGAAUCCUCACCGGGCACAAGGGCCCGCUCCAUUCCCUAGCCUUCUCUCCCAAUGGCAGGUACCUGGCCUCGGGGGGCACAGACGGGCGGGUGCUGCUCUGGGACAUCGGGCACGGGCUGCUGGUAGGAGAGCUGAAAGGGCACACAGACACCGUCUAUUCCCUCAAGUUCAGCCGUGACGGAGAGAUCCUGGCUUCAGGCUCUAUGGACCACACAGUGCGCCUCUGGGACAUGGUCAAAGCCUUCGAGGACCUGGAGACGGAUGACUUCAGCACAGCGACAGGACACAUCAGCUUGGCUGACAACUCACAGGAGCUGCUGCUGGGCAGCUACCUGAGCAAGUCCACGCCCGUCAUCGGGCUCCACUUCACUCGCCGCAACCUGCUGCUGGCUGCAGGAGCGUACAACCCACAGUAAUCCCCACCACCCCACACACCCCCACCUACCACGAGAGCCAUCCACUUCCAGCACUGCUGCUCUCCCAGUACUGGAGCCCACGGCGGGAGAGCUCAAUGUGAGCAGUCGGGGCAGCCAUGCAGGACAAGACCCUGGCUUCACACGGGCCCUGGGUUUGUAUGGGAAUGAACACUGGCUUCCCCCAGCCUUGUGUUAAAACUGGGAGGGUGGAUGGACUCUGGGCACCGACAACUUCAUCAGACCCCAGGGUCAGGCUCAGGUACAGCAUGCUUCCUCUCUCUCCCUUCCCAAGUCAGGUGGACUGCACACCACUACGUGUCAGUGGUCAUGCGUGUGAUCUGCGUGUGUACAUGCUCAGUACACAGUCUGUAAUGUGUACAGGUUUCUCAGUAGCCAGAGCUGUGGCCUCCCCCUGUCGUGUCCACGCAGGAUUGGAGGCACAUCAUCAGGUGGCAGAAACAAAGAUUAGACAAGAUUCUUAACCACAGCUAGUGGGGUCAGCACCCCUCAUCUAGGGCCUGCCACAGACAUCUGACUACUUCCCCUCUUCCCCCUCCAACCUCCAACAUGAGCAGUCAGGAAGCGCUUAUUUUCACGGUAUCCGUGACCCCCCCCUCCUCCCCGCCGCUUGUGACAGAUGUUCCAUUCCAAUUGUCCCACAGUAUCUGCGACACAUUGUCGUACGUCCAGAUGUGGAGGACGAGAAGCCACACCCCACAGUGGCUUGUCCGUCUGACACUUAUUUUUUAUGUAUAAUUUACAAUAAAA